AUGGAAGGAGUGGAACCGCCUCACCCCGCAGCAGGGCUGCAUCAGGGUGAUGUUAGCCCGCAUCAGGCGGAGUCAAGGGGCUCUCAGCGCGGUGGUCCUCGAAAGAGUCCCGAGCGGAGGGAAGUCCAGGAGGGGAGCAUGCAUACCACUCAUACCACGAGAACCCGUACACGCGGGAAGAGUCACGUGUCCCAUGCGAAGUAUGAUGGGGACCUGCAACGUGAGAUUGCGGAUUUGAAGAGAGAGUUACGCCAUGUACGACGGGAGCGUUCACCACUUCGCUCCGAACCAUCAUCCGGGGAGUCGGAUGGGGCUAGCUACAGGCGGAGGUCGAGGACCCCGCAGAGUGAGACUUUCUCCUACGAGGAGGAGCGUCAUCAUAGGCGGAGGCGUAAAAGUCCUACAAGCAGGGGCUUGGGAAAUGAUGCGAUGAACAAAGCACUGAGCUAG